AUGGGGAUCAUUGGGAUCAUUGAGAUCAUUGGGGUCAUUUGGAUCACUGAGAUCGUUGACAUAAUUGAGAUUAUUGGGAUCAUUGAGAUUACUGGGAUCAUUGAGAUCAUUUGGAUCAUUGGGAUCAUUGAGAUCAUUGGGGUCAUUGGGAUCAUUGAGAUCAUUGGGGUCAUUUGGAUCACUGAGAUCGUUGACAUCGCUGAGAUUAUUGGGAUCAUUGAGAUUACUGAGAUCAUUGGGAUCAUUGGGAUCAUUGAGAUCAUUGGGAUCAUUGGGAUCAUUGAGAUCAUUGGGAUCAUUUGGAUCACUGAGAUCAUUGGCAUCAUUGAGAUCACUGGGAUCAUUGAGAUCACUGAGAUCAUUGGGAUCAUGCCUCGAGAUCACGAAGCCCCUGACCUGCAGAUCGCUGCAGGGACCCCCAGCAGUGCCCGGGGUGCUGCCAUGUGCCUGCCCCCGUGGCUCGUCCUCCUGGCCGGCCUCGUCCCACCAGCCCUCGGCUCGUGGGGGGUCACGUACCCCGAGUCCCUGAAGGGCAUCAGCGGCUCCUGCGUGGUGGUUCCCUGCACCCUGAGCUAUCCCGACGGUGUGGCGGCUGGCGACGGCAUCGUGGCCAUCUGGUACAAGGAUUAUGAUGCCCAGAAGACGCUGGUGUACCACUCGGCAGCCCAGGAGGUGGACGCUCGCUUCAGGGGCCGUGCCCAGCUCCUGGGGGACCCCGCUGCCCGCAACUGCACCCUGCUGCUGCAGGGGGUGACGCCGGAGGACAGCGGACCCUACAGGUUCCGCUUCGAGAUCAUCAACGGUGACCGGUGGUCAGCGGCGCGGGAUGUGGUGCUGAGCGUUUCGGAUGACCUCGAGAGCCCGAGCACUGCUGCCAGUGAGGAGCAAACUGAGGGGCAAACGUCCACCUUGGAGUGCUCCACACCCUACAUCUGCCCGCCGGGCGACGUUGCCCUGCGCUGGGAGGGCUACGACCCCCAGGUCUCGACAGUGUCCAGCCGGGUCCAGCUGGACACGAGCGGGGUCGGCCACCACCUGACCCUCACCACCUCCUUCUCCUGGAAGGAUCACUCCAAAAAGCUGCUCUGCAAAGUUUCUUACGGCUCCAGGAAAGCGACCGGGGAGGUCGUCCUGCGGGUGAGACACGCCCCUAAGGACACCCAGGUGUCGGUCAACCCCUCCGCGCAGAACAUCCGCGUGGGUGACACGGUCUCCCUCGCCUGCGAGGUGAGCAGCAGCUACCCCCCCGUCUCGGCGUACCGCUGGUACAAGGACGGGGCGGCCGUGGGCAGCGAGCAGAUCCUGACCCUCCGGGGGGUUCGCCGCGAGGACUACGGGCAGUACCGCUGCGAAGCCGAGAACGUCGUCGGGGCUGGCACGGCGCCCGCCGUGAUGCUCUACGUCUUCUCUGCAGAGAUCUUGGUGAGCCCCGCGGACGAGGUGCAGGAGGGGACGGCCACCACCUUGUCCUGCGACGUCCCCGGCAGGGAGGGCCAGGACCUCAACUACACCUGGUACAAGAACAGCGCCUGGCUCAAGGAGGGCACGGCGCACACCCUGCUCUUCCACCACGUAGCUGCCAGCGACGCCGGCUAUUACUCCUGCAAGGUGACAAAUGACCGGGGCAGUGACACGUCCCAGGCCAUCAGCUUGAGCGUGACAUACCCCCCCCGGACCCCCACCAUCACGCUCUUCCAGGAGACGCAGGGCGGCAGGCUGGCCAUCGUCCGCUGCGCCGUCGACAGCCACCCCCCGGCCACCAUCGCCCUGUACCGCGACGGCACCUUGCUGGCGGCCAGCGGGUCGCAGGUGGCCCCGCGCCAGCGGCUCGGCGUCACGGCCUCCCGCAACGCCCUGCGGCUGGAGAUCCGCGGCGUGGGGCUCCAGGACAGCGGGGAGUACCGCUGCACGGCCAGCAACGCCUACGGCAACGCCAGCGCCGCCAAGCCCUUCCUCGCCCGUGCCACAGAGGUCCUGAUCCAGCCCUCGGCGGAGGUGCGGGAAGGGGCAGCCGUCACCCUGACCUGCCUGGGGGCUUGGGGCGCGGCGGAGGAGACCCUCUACACCUGGUACAGGAACAGCAAGCGGCUGCGGGAGAGCUCGGCCCCGACGCUGCGCUUCCCCUCCAUCCGCGGCGAGGACGCAGGCGCUUUCCAGUGCAGGGUCCGGAGCAGCAACGGCAGCGACACGUCGGCGGCCGUCCCGCUCCGCGUGCUCUUCCCACCGAGGCAACCGGUGAUGAGCUCCUUCCUGGAGACCCAGGGCGGGCGCCUGGGCAUCAUCCAGUGCACCGUUGAGAGUGACCCAGAGGCCAACCUGACCCUAUGGCGAGGAGAAGAAGUAAUAGCCUGCACAGGGGGCUGCCCCCCAGCCCCCAGCCCCAGGGUCCACGCCACCUUGUCCUACAACAGCCUGAAGGUGGAGAUCUGGGAGGUGGUACUGGAGGACGAGGGGACCUACGUGUGCUGGGCUGGGAACCCGCAGGGCAACGCCAGCGCGGCCGUGGACUUCAGGGCUGAGACUGCCAGCAUCUCAGUGGCUCCGUCCUCCCACGUGCUGGAAGGCCACGCUGCCAACCUGACCUGGCUGAGCAGCGACUCCCCGGCUCUGCCCAACUUCACCUGGUACCGAAACGGGCAGUGGCUCGCCGAGGGCUCGGCCGCCUCCCUGGUGUUUCGGCAAGUGGCCAGCACAGAUGCGGGUCUCUACCACUGCAGAGCCACCGCCGACGGCAGCAGCCGGAGCUCCCCCGCCGUCUCCCUGGACGUGCUGUACCCCCCGCGGGACCCCAGUCUGACGGCGUUCCUGGAGACGGAGAGAGGCCGCCUGGCCAUCUUCCAGUGCUCGGUGGCGAGCAACCCUCCCGCGCUGGCCCUGCACCGGGGCACGGAGCUGGUGGCUGCCAGCGACGCGGGGAGCAGUCCUGGCCCGCGGGUCGGCGUCUCGGGCCCCAAUGCCCUCAGGGUGGAGAUCCGGGAGGUGACACCGAGGGACGAAGGCAGCUACCGCUGCACCGCCACCAACGCGCACGGCACGGCGGCCCGCCGCCUGUACUUCCGCGUGCAGACUGCCCGAGUCCUCGUCUCACCAUCCACGGAGGUGCAGGAAGGAGACGACGUCUCCCUGACGUGCCAGGUGGCGGGAGAGCCGCAGGACGACACCGUCUACUCCUGGUACAAGAACAGCGAACGGCUCCAGGAGAGCCCCGACAGCCUCCUCGUGCUGCCCCGCAUUGCCAGUGACGCCGCCGGCUCCUACCACUGCCGAGCCCGCAGCCCCUCGGGGACCAGCGUCUCCCCGGCCGUCGCCCUGCGCAUCUCCUAUCCUCCGCGGGUGCCGGUGCUGACGUCUUUCCUGGAGACCCCCGAGGGGCGGCGGGCUGUCCUGCAGUGCACGGUGGACAGCAGCCCACCGGCCGAGCUGGCUCUCUUCAAGGACCGGGCGUUGGUGGCCUCGACGGCGUUGCCCCAGCCCACCGCCCCGCCGCGGCUCAGCGUCGCCUCGGCCUUCAACACGCUGCGGGUCAGCAUCCACCCCGUGCUGCUGGAGGACGAGGGGGAGUACGUGUGCUCCGCCAGCAACGCCUACGGCAACGCCAGCGCCGCGGCCAACUUGACGGCAGGCACUGCCAGGGUCUGGAUCUCCCCCUCCCCGGACGUGCGGGAAGGCGACGCCGUCAACCUGACCUGUGCGGUCGAGAGCGGCGGCGGGGAAGUGCUGAGCUACACCUGGUACAAGAACAAGGUCUGGUUCAGCAGCGGCUUGGCACCGGCCCUCGCCUUCCCCAGCGUCGCUGCCGCCGACGCCGCCUCCUACCACUGCGCGGUGCGGACCCCCACGCGGACCCGCGGCUCUGCCCCCACCACCCUCAACGUCCUCUACCCCCCCAGGAACCUGCAGAUGAAGGCCUUCGCAGAGAGCGGAGAGGGGACAGCAGUCAUCCUCCUCUGCGCCGUGGAGAGCAACCCCCUGUCCGAGAUGACCCUGCUCAAGGGGGGGCAGCCGGUGGCCUCCAGCCCCCCCAUGGGAGGUGACCACCCCGGGCAGAGGGGCCGCGUCUCUCCCGCUCCCAACGCGCUGAGGCUGGAGCUCCGGGACGCCUCCGAGGAGGACGAGGGCGAGUACGAGUGCCGGGCGCGCAGCCCCCUCGGCAGCGCCCGCGCGUCCCUGCCCCUCCGUGUGCAGGCCAUCAGGGUGGUGGUGCGACCCUCUGCCGAGGUGCCCGAGGGGACCGACGUGACGCUGACCUGCCGGGACGCGGGCGCCCGUCUGGGCACCGUCUACACCUGGCACAAAAACGGGCGGUGGCUGGCGGAGGGGCUCGACGCCUCCCUCGUGCUCCCCGCUGCCCGGCGCAGGGACGCGGGUGCCUACGCCUGCCAGGUGGGGAGGGGGCUGCGUGUCCGCCGGGCCCCCCCCGCCGCCCUGCGGGUGCUCUACGCACCCCAGGAGCUGUCCUUCGUCUCCCUGGUGGAGCCCCGGGGGGGGCUGCAGGCCGUCCUGCUCUGCACCGUCGACAGCUUCCCGCCCUCCGACAUCGCCCUGCACCGGGGUCCCGGCCACGCGCCCCUGGCCUCCACGCAGGGUGCGGCCGACCCGCGCUUCGCCGUCCAGGUGGCCCCCAACUCCCUGCGGGUGGGGAUGGGGGGGCUGGAGCCGCCGGACGCGGGGGUCUACGUCUGCUCGGCCAACAACAGCUACGGCACCGCGUCCUCGUCCCUGCGCCUGGAGGUGGGAGGGGUCACAGUCACCGUUGAGCCAUCGCCAGAAGUCCCCGAAGGCACCACAGCCACCAUGACCUGCUCGGCCGUCCCUUGGGUGGGGGAAGAGGCCAACUACACCUGGUACAAGAACAGCCGAUGGCUGCAGGAGGGACCGGCCGGCUCCCUCGUCCUCGCCCGUGUCUCCAGCGCCGACACCGGCUCCUACCGCUGCCGAGCGAGCGGGACGCGGGGCAGCGUCACCUCGGCCCCGCUCAGCCUCAGCGUGCUCUACCCCCCCCGGGACGUGUCCAUCAGCACCUUCCUGGAGAACCGCAGCGGGCGAGCGGGCAUCGUGCUGUGCAUGGCCGACAGCCACCCGGCUUCCACCAUUGCCCUGUACCGCCGCGGCCGGCUCUUGGCCUCCAGCCUGGCCUCCGCCACCGCGCCGGGGGUCCGCGCCUCCCCCUCCCACAACACCCUCCGGGUGGAGCUCGGGGCCGUGGGGCCGGAGGAUUCGGGCGAGUACACCUGCGUGGCUGGCAACCCCCUGGGCAACGCCACGGCCAGCGCCUACUUCGACGUGCGCACUCUCACCCACCUCCUGGUCUUCACCGUCCUGGCCGGGCUGCUCUCGGCUGUGAUCUGCGUGGCCACCCUGGCCCUCCUGGCUGUGAAGCUGUGGCCCAGGAUGAGGAAGUUUUGGGGCUGGUCCGGUGCUGAGGACACCUUUGAGCUGAGGAGCAAACGGGAGCCGGAGCAGGUAGGUGUCCUCGAUGGGGCCAGCUUUGAGGACACCCCUGAGUUCUGGGAGAUCCCCACAGGGGGGUCCAUGGGGCUUUCCCCAAACAGCCCCAACCUUUUCCAGGUGGAUGGAUCUUCCUAA